CCAUGCCAUUUUCUAUUUUUCCGAUACGCAACUGUUAUUUUAAAGUCAAUUCCACAUGCUCGUUGGAUGCCAUUGGAUGCCGUGUGUCCCAUGGCUAUGCCCAUGGCAAUGGCUUCCCAACGCCGUGAUCACUAUUGAAUGUUUAUUCCAAGAAAAUGGCAAGCAUUCUGCAUCAUGAAACGAAUAGUCGUGGCUGCUACUGCUGCCCGAUAGCACGGCAGCCUGCAUCAGUAGUGAGCACCUCGUCAGAUGCCUUGGAUGCGUCUUUGCACGAACUGGGAAUGCUGAGUGCGGUCACAGACUCGCGACAGGACUAUCUGCUCGAAAAGCUUUCCCACAGUAGUGACUCUGGCCCAAACCAUUCGGGGCUUUGUGUGCUAGCCAUGAAUUCUGCCUACAUUGCAGACUUCUCAUUCGUGGCUGCGUCAAGUCCAGAGAGUCCCCCUUCGGAGACUGUGCCACUCCUGACCUUACGGCGUCCUCGUGUUCGGGCCCUUCGCAGGCGACAGUACUUUUACCAGCCGUACGACUACCCGUGGCGGCAAAGGCUAAUGGAAAUGCUGAGGACAAAAGAAGCUUCGUGUGACGGCACGAACAAGUCUAGCCCAGGCAGUCCGUCCAAGUUGACUGUGGCUGCUGCAGGCAUUGUCCGGUCGAAGUCACUGGACGACCUGGAAGUGUGCGGUGCCAAGGCAUGUGGGACCAGGGCAGACAUUGAAACAGUGUCACGUAAAAUAAGCAAUCUUCAUUUCAGCUAGCACCACAAAGUCGGGGCUGUUUCAGAUGAAAAAAUGUUUUUUUACGAUGCGUGGUGUUCUUGGUUUCAGAAUUUCUAAACCUCUGGAACGCACUUUUUGACAUAGGUGGUUAGGCUAUUUAUUUAUUUAUUUGUUACUUUUUGCAGCAUUUGAUCGAGCUUUGCAGGUAAUUAAGUUGGUCAAUGAACAGAACUGCUUGGGGUCAAGCAUACAAAGGGCUCUCUGUACCUGAACGGUGGUUGCUGCAGCAUGAUGGCCUUACAUAGUGCUGCUGCGGCCGCAUUUUUCUCACUGUUCUGGGAUGUUUCCCUUUAAUUUCACCCAAGCUGAAGGAAUAAAAGUGUUGGCACAGUACUCUGUUGUGCUCACUUCACCUUAUCUAGACCAAUGACCACAGGUGGUGACAAUUUAAACCUUCAAUC